UUAAACCCGUUGCUUACAAGAUGAAGACGGCGGCCUUCCUCGUUGUCCUCCUCGCUGCCGCCACGGCCACCCCCUCCUCCGGCCAGAGCCGGUGCCACUCUGGCGACAGGGCGGCGCUGCUCGCCAUCAAGGCCGCACUCGGCGACCCAUACCAAUUGGCGUCCUGGACGCCCAAGUCCGACUAUCCGUGUUGCGACUGGUACGACGUCCACUGCGACCCCUCCACGGGCCGCGUCGUCGACCUCUCCUUCUUCCAGGACGCAAACCUCACCGGCACCAUCCCCGACGCCGUCGCCGGCCUCGUCCACCUCGAUACCCUCAUCUGGAACAACCUCCCCGCGAUCUCCGGCCCCAUCCCGCCAGCCAUCGCCAAGCUCUCCAACCUCUCCAUGCUCAUCAUCUCCUGGACCGGCGUCUCCGGCCCCGUGCCGUCCUUCCUGGGCGCGCUCACCAAGCUCACCUACCUCGACCUCUCCUACAACUCUCUUACGGGCACCAUCCCGGCCUCGCUCGCCGCCCUCCCCAAAGGCUCCGGCAUCAACUUCAUCCACAACCAACUUAGUGGCACGUUGCCGCCGCUGCUCGUCAGCGACUACCUCUGGCUGUCGCACAACAACCUCUCCGGCAGCAUCCCGGCCGAGUUCGCCGACGUGAAAUUCCUGCACGUCGACCUGUCGCGCAACGCCUUCACCGGCGACGCGUCAGCCCUCUUUGGCCGUAGAAAGGAGCUGCAGCACCUGGACCUGUCUCACAACGCCUUCCGCUUCAACCUCUCCGGCGUGGAGCUGCCGAAGAAGAUCUACUUCAUGGACGUCAGCCACAACGCCAUCUACGGUGGCAUCCCGGCGCAGGUGGCGAACCUGAGCAAACUGCAGUACUUCAACGUCAGCUACAACCGGCUCUGCGGCCAGGUGCCCACCGGCGGCAACACGGCGAUAUUUGAUCUGUCCUGCUACCAGCACAACAAGUGCUUGUGUGGAACCCCACUUCCGCCGUGCAAGUGAUCUCCAUCAGUUUAUGGAUUCUUAUCUUUACUUUUCAAGAGAUAAAUAAAAUCAUCCCCGUCACUAGUUGCAUUUGUGUGCUCAAUAAGUGUGUACGAC